ACUUUAUGUCUUUAGACUUUUCCACUUUUCCAAUGUAAAGUCCUUGUAUUUCCGAAAGAUAACGCCAUUGACGAUGGCAAAGGUAACUUCUGUGGUAUGGCUGUUCGCUGCUGUGGUUGUUGGUCAGGCUCUAACACCAUCAACAUUCCUGACUACAAUAGACAAGGCCAGAUUGAAAUCAGUGUUUGAGGCAGCUUUCCCAGUGAAUGAUGUUAUUAAUGCACAUUAUUCAAUUUUGGGCUUAAAGAUGAUGAAUAUUCCAGUUCCAAAUUCACAGGAAGCCUGUAAGAAAGUGACAUCUUUAGUGGAUGCCAAGAGUGUGUCCUCUUUAUAUCAUGCCUCCGGGGCAGCCAAAGCAUUAGGCAGCUGUAAGGUCAAUGCUGCUAAUGCUCAGGCCUUUUUAUCAGAGUCAAUCAAAGACACAGCUAGUGUAGCAGACAUAUUCUCUGCUUUCUUUGCUUUAAAAAAUCUGGGAUUGUCUGUUGACAAUACCAAAGUUUCUAAAGCAUUAGCAGAAGCUUUGAAGAAAGAUGACUCUCCACUGAGUUAUGGAUAUGCUUUCCUGGUGUCAGCAGAAGUUGGUGGAGACGUCAAGAAAAUGUUUGACAGCAUAGAAGAUAUAGUUGCUCAAGCAGAUGAAGUAGAUGAAAAAUAUUUACAGUUUGAAGGAGGACUGUAUGCUACUGCCCUUGUGAUAGAUGCUGCUUAUAAAUUGUCUGAAACAGCUAAAAAGGCACCCACAAUACCUGAGGAAAAAGUAUUGAAAUUUGCCAAUUAUUUCCUUAGUCGUAAACAUGUUCACCAGACAAGAUCAGCAUACCAUCUUCUAUCUGUUGUCAAAACUCUUACUGAAAACAAGUACCAUAUUCCAGUUGCUGUGACAUUAGCCAGUUCAGUAGCAGUCAGUCAGUCCAUGUCAACUGUACAGGUACGUGUAUCCAACUUGAUGGGAGCCCCUCUAGGACCUUUGACUGUAGUAGCAGACAGUGCCAAGCACUUGCGAGAUGAUGCCAUAGUACUCAGCAAGAAACCAUUCAGUGCCAAAGAUGAGUCUUUAUAUGAGAUUAAUUUUAUGGAAUCCAAGCCAGCUCCAGGCUUCUAUAGGUUGACAAUCAGUGCUACACCAAAGAAGGCAGACAAAAGAUUCUUAGGCACAUCUGGAGCUUUUGUUGAGGUGAAAGUGACAACACAGGUGUCGAUUGAGAAUGUAGAGAUUGGUAUCGCUGAUAAAGACCAAACUACAGCUUCAAGGACCACUAAGUUGCAAUAUCCAAAGAAGGCAGCAAACACCUUUGAAGCAGACAGUCAUCAGAAAAUCAUCAUGAAAUUUCAGCUGAAGGAUAAAAGCAGCAGUAAAUCAGUUUCAGCUCACCAGACAUUUGUGAAGCUCACCAAUCAGAAUACAAACCAAGAAAUUAUAUUUGUUGCCCAAACAGAAUCAUCAGGAGGAUACAAAUUUGAUCUGGAUGUUGGAGCUAAUGCUAAGGAGUUUGGUCAGUUGUCUGGUAAAUAUGGUAUGGAAUUAAUUGUUGGAGAUGCUGUCAUUGAAAAUCCAUUCUCCUGGUCAUUGGCUGAUGUAGAACUUAAUUUCGCUGAUGCACCAACACCAAAGACAAAAGAAAGCCAAUAUGCAAAGAAACCAGAAAUUAAGCACAUGUUUCGUGAACCAGAGAAGAGACCACCAGCAGUUGUUUCCACUGUGUUUACUGCUUUAGUUUUGUUACCUUUGGCAAUCCUCUUCAUCUGUUGGAUGAAGAUUGGAGCCAACAUUUCCAAUUUCCCCAUGUCACUCAGUGCAGUAGGAUUCCAUGUUUGUCUAGCAGGAAUCUUUGGCCUCUACUACUUAUACUUCACUUGUCUUAACAUGUUUGAUACAGUACGAUACUUAGGACUACUAGCAAUACCCACAUUUUUAUUUGGAAAUCGAUUACUCAGUUCUAUAGCAGCAAAACGGAAACAAGAGAUGAUGAAAUCUGCUCAAGUGAGAGUACAGAAAGAUCAACAUAAUAUAAGGAAAGGAGAAAAGCAGUAGCAGAGAAGAAAGUUAGAGACUUAUUUUAAAUUUUCAUUAGAGACUUUCCAUUUUUGUCAUUGUUAUUUUAUAAUGUUGUCUCUAUUUAUGUUUUGUAAGACUUAUCUUAUCAAAGAAGAUGUAUUUCUAUUAAAAAAUCUCUAAUGUU